UGCAAACACUAGUCGUCAGAAGGUAUGAUGUUGAAGGCACUUGGCAUUGAUGACUCCUCCCCUCCUUCAGGCAUGUAUAAGAGAGGUCGUUGGUCCUCUGGAGGAGUUAUUGCUUAUCUAUACUCUUGUGCACCAAGGUGUUGGAACACUUAGUCGACAAGAUGUUUUUGCACAUUGUCUUGGUCAUAGCAGCGGUUUGCUCCUCACAAGGCAUGCCUCAGAGAGAAACUCCUCAAAUCACAUCCCGGAUUGGAGAAUCCAAGCAACUUCUUUAUCUUCCUGAAAGACAACAAUACACCCCUGAAUUGCAGUAUGACCUAUCUUUGCUAGAUCCACAAUUUCAAGUGCCUUCAUACAAUUUCAUCGGAGAUAAACAACAUUUCCCGAGAGUGCAACCACAAAUCGUCUUGAUCAACGGUGGCGCCACUCCAGGUCAAUUCCUCCUCCAGCCUGGAUCCCCCCCUGGCAAUUUCCUGGUGCCCCAAGGCCCUAACGUGAUCCUUCGGGAUCCCCAAGGACCUCAAAGACCUGUCUUCGUUGCAGGAUACCCCAAACCGGCUCAUAUUCCACCAAUUGAGAAAGAUGCCGAAGAAGUGCCAACCAAUCCAGCAAAAAUUCCACCACUUACACCCAAAGGAGAAAAGAAGCCUGAAAAAUUGGAAACGUUCGACGAACCCGACAACUCGAAAAAACAAGCAACUGAAGCUGAAGUUCUUGCCGCAGCUGACCGAAACCCAGCCUUCAACACCAGGCCAAAUUUGCGUCCAGGCCAAAGAUUUUUCAUCCUGAAUGGCCAACCUCUCUUCUCCAAUUUCCCUUACAACAACCAAAUUUACCCAGGAAUUAACCCCAACCUGAAAUACGCUCAAGUAGCUCCCAGUUUCGUUCCCCAAACCCCCACCAAAAACAUCUCCCCCUUCCAAAACGUCCUCUUCAGAAACACUCCGGUUGAAAACACACACAAACCAACUGGCAGCGAUUUUCACCAAUCUUACCCUGAAAAUCUAGUCCUACUCAACCAACCCGGAAUUUUCCAGGACGAUGUUAUUUUCCGGAGCCCUGCUCUUCCCUUGAAUCUUGUACAGAAGCCAAAAGACGAGCCCCAGCUCAGAGAAAACGAAAAUGGUUAUGGUCUGUUCCAUUUGAGGAGCAAAGAGGAGCAAGAGGAUGAUACGAUUGUAGUAGAUGCUAAAGAGCAACAAGACGGAAGUGUUGAUGAUAAUAACGAUGAGCAAGACACAGAGGCUGAGGUUGUGUCAGCUGCUGAUAAGCCAGACAGCGAGCCAACGAUUUCGCAAGCCCAACCGGGGGCCAUAGCCCUUGCCGGCCCUGGGGGCGUCGCUGCAGCAGCCCCCAGGGGAACUGCUUUCGUCGGAAAGGAAGGAGUUGCCGUUUCGAGUCCUCAAGCUACUGCUGUUGCGGGACCAAGCAAGGACGCCAUCCAGGAGAAGAAUAAAAAGCAAAAUAAGAGAAAGCAGUGAUUUUUGUGUGAUAUUUAGAUGAUUUCGAAUCGCUGAAUUCAAAUAAAAUUGAUGGUUUUAUUUUUAAACUAUUUAUAAGCAUUUGGAAAACAUUGCGAAUGUGGUAAUUUUUGUAACUAUUACCAUCUCGAAUGCUUCUCUAAUUAAUUAGAAAUGUAAUGAAACACAUAAUAAAAUAUACUUUUUAAUAAA